CAGUUUUUCCUUGCAGUGGCAAAUUAUGGAUCCUUGAAAUCUGUCCCGUCCAAUUCCACAAUUUUCAAGUGGAACAAGAAAUCUUGCAAGUUUGUCGUCUACCAAAACAUCCAGACCUACACGGCAAGGGACAUUGAGGCCAUUGAAAUAAAUGGUGACUAUUAUCUGGCCAUUGCCAAUCAUGCUCAAGGUAAUCAAUUUUUGAAUUUAUGUAAAAGAUAUUAAUUAGGACAACGACUUCAUUCUCUCACAAAUAGUUUUAUUAUGAUUGUUUCAUUUUGUUUGAUGCUAAAUUUUAGCAAAUGAAAUAUAAUUACCUUCACAAUGGAUGGAUCCAACGGAUUUGUAAACUGAUGUGUUCCGAGGGGUUCAUGUCAUUGGGGUUUCUUGCUAUCCAUGAAAAUGAAAAACAUUUGGAUAUUAAAUAUUUUUUUUUAACUACAAUGGAAGAUGUAAGCUAUGUUAUAUCCCAUAUGAUAUGGUAAAUGUAGCUAUGCCAUAUACCUUCUAAUAUAAUUAUAGAAGCUAUAUUACAACCUUUUAAUUUAGUAAUUGAAGCUAUGUUAUAGCCUAUCUAAUAUGAUAAUAAAAGCUAUAUUAUAACCAUCUAAUCUAGUAUAAUCAUAUUUAGCAUCAACACUUUUCCUCACAAAACUGCUGCUAAUUUUUAUAAUAUAAGUUUUUUAGUGUAGUGGGGCAUUAAACAAUCAUUGGCUCAAUUAAUUAGCUUCAGCUUUAAGUAAAAAAUAAAAAAAUUUGGGGGGUUUUUAAAUUUUACUUCCACCCAUUUCGUUUCUGUUCUUCUGAGCUUUGUCUGUGUCAGGGACUUUUGCCCACUCUUAUUCUUGUCUUUUCUUUUUAAUUGGGAUACAUGUAUAUAGAGUAUUAUAUUAUGACAAUUUAAUGUAUACUUAUAUGAAUUUUUUUUUUUUUUCGUUGUUGUUAUACUGAUGAAGGCAUUUGCAGAAACAUAUACAUUUGUAUUCUGUAUAGUCAUUAUUAAAGCUGAACUUAUAUUGUUUUAUUUAGACAAAUUGUUUGCGUCUCACUAGUCAAAAAAUUGUUUUGCCGGUCAAAUAUUGAAGUCUCACUUUCUCAGUAAAGAUAGUAAGACAGAUAGAUUCUAAAAGAAUUACGUCUAUCUCAUCACUGCUUUGGAGCUAAAAGCUCAUCACUGCUUUGGAGCUAAAAGCUCAUCACUGUUUUGGAGCUAAAAGCUCAUCACUGUUUUGGAGUGUGAAAGCUCAUCACUGUUUUGGAGCUAAAAGCUCAUCACUGUUUUGGAGUGUGAAAGCUCAUCACUGUUUUAAAGCUAAAAGCUCAUCACUGUUUUGGAGUUGAAAGCUCAUCACUGUUUUGGAGCUAAAAGCUCAUCACUGUCUUGGAGUUGAAAGCUCAUCACUGUUUCCUCAGCUUUCGGUUGUCUAUGGGUUCACUUGUCUGUGGGUUCACUUGUCUGUGGGUUCACUUGUCUGUGGGUUCACUUGUCUGUGGGUUCACUUGUCAUGGGUUCACUUGUAUGUGGGUUCACUUGUCCGUGGGUUCACUUGUCUGUGGGUUCACUUGUUUAUGGGUUCACUUGUCCGUGGGUUUACUUGUCUAUGGGUUCACUUGUCUGUGGGUUCACUUGUCCGUGGGUUCACUUGUCCGUGGGUCCACUUGUCUGUGGGUUCACUUGUCUUUGGGUUCACUUGUCUGUGAGUUCACUUGUCUGUGGGUUCACUUGUCCGUGGGUUCACUUGUCCAUGGGUUCACUUGUCUGUGGGUUCACUUGUCCGUGGGUUCACUUGUCCGUGGGUUCACUUGUCUGUGGGUUCUCCUGUCAUGGGUUUGGUUUUCUGGGAACCAUCAACCGUUUAAACAACUGAAACUUUGUGAAGACAUAAAAUAUAUAUUAAAUAUAAAAAGUCUAUAAAUAUAUAUACAAUAUAAAAUAUAUAUAACUAUAUAUAAAAUAUAUAUUAUUUAUUUAUAAAUAUAUAUAUUUAUUUAUCUAUAUAUAAUAUUUAUAAAUAUAUAUAAAAUAUAUAUACAAUAUAAAAUAUAUAUACAAUAUAAAAUAUAUAUAAUACAUAUAAAAUAUAUAUCUAAUAUAAAAUACGGGCUAAGUACUUUAAAAAAAUCAUAUUAACAUGCCUCUCAAAGCAUUAGGAAAUAAGAGAAUCAAUAAAUAAAUUAUCUGUCAAUUUAUAACAGUGUAAUUUGCUAACAACUCAAAAUAUACACACAAAUAUUUAAGAAAUUGAGUAUUUACCCUCCAGACAGUCGGAGCUACAGAUUGGUAAUAUUUUAGAAUUGGCGUGGACCAUUACCUUGUGGUGGCCAAUGCCUUCAAUUUUGGCAGCCAAAACUUUCAAGAGAUUGACAGCUACUGGACCAACUCCACCAUUUACAAACUGGACAGAAGUAAAAAUGUUUUCACAAAAUACCAGAGU